AUGUUUAAAGAAGACACUCUUGGUAGUCCAGUUAGUCGACUUUCCAAAAUUCCAGCAACGAAACCCAUGAUAUCCAUAAGAUCCCCUACUUAUCCUCCCCCGCAAUCCUUAUCGUUACCCCACAAUCACGAUAAACUCCAGAUCUCCAUAUGGAUCCCAAUUUUAGACCCUUUGGCUUCUCUUACGUCUGUAACUGUCAACGGCUGUCUGGCACUGCCAAAAAAAAAUCCAAAUGAUACGCACCAUAGCAACCAGCAAAAUGCAUCAUUUGUUGACAUCGUAAACUGCUUACUUGACUUCCAACUAUGUAGAUUCUGA